GGGCGGGAGGCGGGACCCGCCCGCCCGUCAUCGCGGCGCGCCGGCGAGGCGGGCCCGGCCGCGCGCCGUGGCUGUGGCGAUGGCGGCGGGUGGGGCGCGGGGCGGCGCGGAGCGGUACUUCACGCGCUGGUACAAGCCAGACGUGAAGGGGCGGCCGUGCGAGGACUUCUGCGUGCUGCAGCACUCCAACAGAAUCUGUGUCAUCACCUUGGCAGAAGCCCAUCCUCUCCUUCAAAGUGGAAAAACAAUUAAAAGCAUUAAUUACCAAAUCAGUGCCAACUGUAGCAGACUCCAGAAUAAGGUCUCUGGGAAGUCAAAAAGGGGAGCUCAGUUUUUAACAGAACUUGCCCCUCUGUGCAGGAUAUCUUCAUCAGAUGGAGAGGAAUACACUGUUUACAGUUGUAUACGAGGGCGACUGAUAGAAGUGAAUGAAAACAUUCUUAGCAAUCCCGCUAUUCUGCAAGAAAAGCCAUCAACCGAGGGAUACAUCGCCGUGGUUCUACCCAAAUUUGAAGAAAGCAAGAGUAUAACCCAAGGACUUCUGACGCCGAAGGAGUACGAGGAGGUUUUGUUGAAACGCCGUAAUUCUUCAUGAAAUUAUUUAGUAUCAAAUACAGAUGGUAACUGUAUAAAUAAGCUACUUUUAAUGUACACUGUAACUUGCGUUGUAUUGAAAGGCCUAGCAGCUGUUUGUAAAAGUAGAACUUAAAACUAUUCAUACAAGAAUAAACCAGGUCAAAUAGUUUGUA